CCAACUCCCCUCCGGGUUCAUUUCGCCUCACACGCAGCUGGCUCCGCCGCCGCACCGCGAAGCCGGAAGCCGGAAGCCAGAGGCGGUGGCCGCGCACGGCACAGCCCGACCCCGCCACCGCUAGAGGGAUCCGCGCGACCAGCCCCGGCUCUCACACUGCUCGCACGCCGGAGACGACGAGAUCUUCACCCCACGCUGCCUAGACCGGCGGUCCACUCCUCGCCUCUUUUCCUCAGUUCUCCCUCGCCGAAGGACCCUCGAUUAUUUCCGUUUGGUGAUAGGAUUUCGCCAAAUUAAUACGAUGGAUGCUGCUGCCGCUGCUGAUGCCGCCGCCGCUGCUGCUGCCGCUGCUGAUCCCACGCUGGAUUUUGACCCAGAUGAACUCAGAGCUGUCUAUGAAAGUACCUCACCUUACAUAGCGGGGUUUUUUCCGUCUUCUCCAGGAGUCAUUGUUAUGUCAACCAACAGACAUGAUGUGGUUGCUGUUCACUCAGAGUUGAUUAGCGAUGACCCUGAAUACCUUCCUAAAAUAGUUCGGUAUUAUUCUAAUAAUACCGAAGCUCGUGUUGACGCAGUGGCAAAACUUCCUGCUGAUGUUACAGUCUUGUUUGCAAAGCGCAAGGGUGAGCGAUUGCCUGACAUUGGAUUUUCAAACCUGGAUCCCCAAGAAGGUGUGUCUGAGAAAGUGGUGACAUUUUUCCCAUACAUGGACACAGUGGCUAUGUUCAAGGGACACAUUGGGUUAAGGAAUGCCACAUCCAGGGACGUGAGGGCACCAGAGCAGGAGGUUCAGCCAUCAUCCAUCAACACAUUCACCUUUACUGCCCCGUAUGCAUCCGUUAGCUUCAGGAAAGAUGGUAAUGAGCAUGAUCCUGAUCUACUGGAGACACGCUUAAUGACUCUUGGCGCUCCUGUGUUCAACUUAAAUGGCCAGAUUGUAGGUAUAUUGAGUGAUGUCGGUAUUGAUUGUAGUCUGAAAUUUGCGAGGAAAGCAGUAUACUUAGGUGAAGUCCGUUCACAACUGCGGGGCGAGCAAGUCAAUUGGCUGAAGGGGGAAGAGAAGGUGAGACGUGGUUUGUGAGGGACCCUAAAAUCUGAAGAUACCAGUAGUUGAAUGUGUCGGAAGAUGCAAGUUAACCUUUUUUUUUU